AUGCUGCUGGGCGGAGGCGCGGGGCUUCCGUCGUGGGACGGAGAGACGCGCGUCUACGUAGGGCGCCUUCCUGAUAACGUGGAUCGCAACGAGCUCGAGUCCAUCUUCGCUCAAUACGGCCCCAUCAAGAAGUGGUCCUUUGGUUCGCGGAACUUUGCCUUCGUGGAGUACUUCAGCCACAACGCCGCGGCCCUGGCCGUGCAGCACGGCGGCAACGUCUUCCUCCGCUCCCAGAAGUACCACCAGCGACUCGGCCUCCCGCCUCUGGCGUCGAUGAUGGCCUUGCCGGUCGGGAGCUUGUCGUCCAACGUGCAGCUGCCGCCAAUCCGCAAUCCGCCGCAGGCUCCGAUCUACGGCCGCUCGCCCGGCCUCGAGAGCUUCCCGUCGCCGCAGCUCCUGACCACCUCCGGCGAUGCCGAUCCCUACCUCCGGGGCGACCGCUUCGCAGCGCAACCGCCGCACAGCAGUGACCCGGGCCGAGGGCGCGACAUGGAGUGGGAGCGCUACGCCGGUGGGGCAGCGGCGCGCAGCAGCCGCGAUCGCCCCGCCGCCGAACACUACCGCGAGGCCGAGCCGCCAGCUGCGCCGGGUUCGGUGUCGCUCCACCGGUCCGGUUCGCCGACGGUGGUGGGCCAGACGUCGACGCCCAUCUUUAUGGCGAGCGCGAGGCGCGAGGGCGACGAUGCCCUCCUUCGCACGUCGAUGUCAACGUCAUCGCCACCUCCGCCCGCGUCGCCGCCCGCCUAUGAGAAGGAGAGAGAGAAGAGACAUUCUUUCCUCUCCUCUCCCAUCGUCGAGAGCGAGAGCAGCGCCGCCCCAUCGUCAUCAUCAUCUUCAACGUAUCACUCAUCACCAUCGUCAAUCGAUUCCAACGCCGAUCGAUACUCGUCGUUGUCUGGUCUCUCGUCUUCCUCACACACUCUCGCUCCGUACUCGCCGAUGCCGACCUCGCCUCCUCUCCCCGGCGGCGUACAGUCUCCGCCGCUCCACCACCACGGGUCCGUCCCCCAGUCUUCGCAGGUGGGUGCCCCGUGGACCUCCGACAGCGAAGCCGAGGGCCUCAAGGAAGGCGAGGAGUACCUGUUGACGACGCUGUACAUCAAGAAUCUGGCCUACCAGAUCACGGACGAGGACCUCAAGAUCAAGCUCGAGUCGCACGAGUGCAAGGAGGGCCUCAAGGCCAUUCGAUGGAUCACCGACAAAAUGCAGGGACACUUCACCGGGGAGGCGUUCGUGGAGUACGAGUCGGCCGAGUUGGCCGCGCGAGCGCUGGACAAGCUCAAGGGCCGGCGCAUGCUCGGCCGGCGCAUGAAGAUCAGCUACGCCAAGUCCAAGAAAAAGACCCCGAUGCCCGCCCUCACCGGCGAACGAGAAGUCAAGGAGGAGAAGCGCCCCAAGUACCCGGGGUGCAAGACCAUCUUCAUCGCCAAGCUCGACGACGGGAUGACGGAUGCCACGCUCAAGGAGAUCUUUGGGGUGUUCGGCGAGAUCCAGCGCGUCCACCGCCUGUUCGACGCCAACACCAAGAAGUUCAAGGGCUGCGCCUUCAUCUGCUACUCGGCGCCCGAGGAAGCCGACAGCGCCGUCAGACAGAUGGACGGCGUGCGGCUCUUCGGCAAAGGUCGGUUCAUCGACGUCAAUUUUGCGGACAAGCCCGACCCGGUGCACCCGACCACCCCCGUGCCCUCGGCGGGGCAGUCACCCUACCUGUCACCGGCGGGCCUCGGGCUCGGCCUGGGCACCAUCCCACUCUCGCCGCCCUUCUCGCCCUCUCUCCAGGGAGUGCAGCUCUCGCCCCGCUCCUCCUCCGGCAGCUUCACCUACCCGCCGCUGUCGCCACCGCCGUCGACCGCCAGCCCGUCGCUGAUGCCGGGCGUGCCCCUCUCGCCCGCGGUGUCGUCGCCGUCGCUUCCGUCGCCUUCGCCGUUCAUCGCGGCGCAGGCUGCGCACCACACACCGAGCGCGGAGGCCGAGACCGACCGGACCCCGAGACCCACCGACCGUUCAACAGUUGCUGCUGUCACGUCGACAAUAAUCACAGCAACCACGCCAGGCACCCAGACGGUCCCGACAACGACGCCGGCAGCUCAAGAGCAGCCGCAGCCAAAUGUUAAUGUAGCGGUCAGCAGCACCGCUGAGCGGCAGCCUACACCGGCGUCGCCACCAGCACCAGCGGCACCGGCGCAGCAGCCGACAGCCGCCUCGACGACCGCGUUGGCGGCCGCCAACGCCGAGGACAAGUCCACGCCGACGGGCAAGUGGGGAGCGAUGCCCCUCAAGUACCGCAUCCUGAAGAGUUUCGGGAUGCCGACCAAGGACGACCGGUCCAGGGACAGCACCAACGCGCAGCUGCCUUCGCCGGCGCCGGCGACGACCAACGGUCAGCUGGACGGGCCGGCGUCGGCGUCGGCGGUGGCGCUGAGGCGUGAGCAGCAGCGGCGGCGCAUGGAGGAGGAGCUGAAGAACGACAAGAUCGAGGCCGGCCUGGCCCAGGCCCGUGAGCGCGAGCGCGAGCGCAGGGAGAGAAUGGAGGACGAGGAGCUCCUGCGUAGGCCGCGGGGUGCCGCCGCUCUGGUCAAGCGGAAGCGGUCGGAGGACUACGGCGCCGGACCCAGCGGCGCUGUGGGUCUGCGGGCGCGGCCGAAGGGAAAGCGACCAAAGAGAGAAAGCGAAUACGACGACUACGAAGACGAAAACGACGACGACGACGACGAGAAUGACGAGCGCGACGGCGAUCACAUCGAGGGUCCCACGAGCGCGACGGCCGCGACGCGGCAGCAGCUUCAUCAGCAGCACCCGAAGAAGAAGCCCCAGCGACGGGCAGUGGUGGUCGACGACGAGGACGACGAGGACCAGGAGCCCGAGAACGAGGAGGAGAUCAAGACGCGGAUGGAGGUCAUCAUCAACAAGUACGACGCCAUGAAGGACAAGAACACCGCCGUCGCGUUCCUCCUCAACGUCAUCCGCAACUCCAACCGGACCAAGAUCGAGGUCGGCACCGCCUGGCGACAUCCCGCCGAGUACGCCGACAUCUAUGGCGAGCUGGGCAUGAUCAAGCUCCCUGUCGUCAACGGGCGCUACCACAUGUGGCAGCUGCCGCGCGAGGGCUCGGUGAGGCGAGUGUACCUGGACUCGCUGAAGCCGGCCGAGACCAAGGAGAAGAAGAAGCGCGGCAAGAAGCGCAAGGAGGAGAAGAUGCGCGAGGAGGAGGAGGAGCGCCGCCGGAGGAGCGAGGAGGCCGCCGCCGCCCGGGCCGCCGCUGCCAACAAGCGCGCCCUCGACAAGAAGGCGUCGGCCGCCGCUGCCGAGGCGGUCGUGGUGGCCGCCGCCAGUCAUCACCAAGCGCCGCCCAAGAAGAUGAAGCGCGAGGCGCCUCCCGUGGUCGGUUCGAAGGAGCUCCCGGGUGUCGAGCGACGGCGAUCGAAGGAGCAGCCGCUGUUCAAGUCCAAGGCCGUGGACGCCGCCGCUGCCACCGCCACCACCUUAAAGAAGGAGGAGUUGUGUUCGGCGCCCGCGGCGAAGAAGGCGAGCCCGGCCGCGGCGACGACCGUCGUCGUAGCGACCAAGCCUCCCAAGAAGCAGCCGCUGCCCCAGACCACUCGGCCGGAAGAGAAGACCGAGGCCGAGGCCCAGCCGCAGCCGCAGCCAACUCAAAGGCGCGGGGAGGAGGAGGGCAAGGUGCCGACAGACGACGCCGUCAUGCUGACCUCCGAGGAGCUGACCGGCCACCUUCAUCAUCAGACCGAGGCUGCUGUGGGGCAGAGCAGCAGCAGCUGCGGCAUCGAGUCGGAGGCGAUGGAGGUGGAGGUGAAGGAGGAGAUGGGCGGCGAAGCGAAAGAAGCCGAGACGGCGCCAGAGGCGAGCAGAGGGAGCGAGCCGGAGCCAGAGCUGGAGGAGACGAAGAGCAAACCCGGCGAUGAGCAAGUGAAGGAGAAGGAGGAGGAGACGAAGGGGGACGACGGCGGCGCAUCGAAGCAGAAGCUCAUCGAGGGCGAGCCGACGUCGACGACGGAGAAGCGGGAGAACGAAACGCCAACGCCGGCGACGGAGGAGGCGAAGGAGGAGCGCACGACGCAGGCCACGGAACAGCAGCGCGAAGAGGAGGAAGAGAAGGAGAAGGCCAAAAACGAAGACGAAAACGAAAACGCGAAAGAGACGAGCGCGCUGAUGUCGGAGGAGGCGGCGGCGGUCGAGAAGGAGGAGCCCAAGGUGGAGACGUCGGUCAGCACGCAACGACUCGAGGAGGAGAAGGGCGAGGAGGAGGAGACCACCGCCACGAGCGUCAAGCCGGACGAGGCAAAGGAGGCGAAGCCCGCCACCAGCGCCUCGACCACCGGCGACGCCCAGGCAGAAGAGGAAGACGCCGUGGUCCAGAGCGAGGUCAAGGAGGAGCAGAAGGAGGAGAAGAAGAAGAAGAAGCGGAAGGCGACCUCGGAGUCUGAAGAGAAGAAACAGAGCAAGCCCGAGAAGAAGAAGGCCAAGACGAAGACCGCGAAGAGGGAGAAGAAAGAGGAGGAGAAGGAGGACGAGGAGACGAAGGAGACGAAGAAGGUGAAAGCUGUCGAAUCGGAGGACGAGGAGGAGAAGAGCGACCCGCCCCAGCCUACGCGGCGACGGCGCGGUCGUGCGGCGGCCUCGGCGUCGAGCCCGGCGGGAGGCGCCGGCAGGAGGCGCGUCGUGGAUGACGGGCCGCCGGAGGAGCUGCUGCGGGUGCUGCAGCGCGAGGCGCUCGGGCUGCGGAAGCGGACUGGCGGCGGCGCGAGCAGCAGCCGGGUCGAGAAGGCGUCGUUCCUGGAGGAGAUGCGCGAGCGACGGAAGGAGCGCAACCGCGAGCGGCUCAAGCGCGAGCGCGAGGAGGAGCUGCAGCGCGAGAAGGAGCGGCGACGCAAGCGAGCAGAGAGGGAGAGGGAAAGGCGGAGGGAGAAGAAGGAGAAGGAGGAAAGAGAGAAGGAGAAAGAGAAAGAGAAGGAGAGAGCGAAGGAAGGAACGGCGGGAAAGAAAGAAGAGAAAGAAGGCGGAGGAGACAAAGAGCGAAAGCGAAGAGAGCGAUAG